AUGACAAUGAGGCCGCUCGUCCUUCUUGCCCUGGCCGUCGUGCUCGCCGCCGGUAUCGGCGGCGCUGAGGGAGCUGGCGAGUGCAGCGUGAGGGCCUCGGCCAUGGCCCAGCAACUGGCUCCGUGCCUCCCGGCGGUGCGCAACCCGCAGUCCGCGCCGACGAGCAGCUGCUGCGUGGGUGUGCGCAACAUCAACAUGAGGAGCCCCGGUUGCGUGUGCUCCGUCAUGUCCGACGUCUUCAAACUGGCCGGACUGAAGCCUCAAGUCGCAAUCGCAAUCCCCAAGCGCUGUGGCAUUGCCGACUGCGGAGGUAACACGUUUCCUUGA